CUGCUAUGGCUUCAUGGCUUGCAUUGGGGUCAUUUUGGGUAUUUGGAUGUGUUUUGGUCAAAAACCGAAAAAUAUUCUUAACUAUUAGCACCCUCAAAGCUAAUAAAUGCUAAUUUCACCGAUAGUCUGGUGAAUAAAGUGUUUCGCACUGCAUUGGGUAAGAAAAGUUUCAUAAAACCUUCAUACUUCUGGUGUUGAGUUGUACAAAACCACACUAUAAGAUGGAGGAUGGCAUGGACAUAGAGGAACAUGAUCUGUUGAACAACCCUACUGUGAGGAGCGUGUUUCCAGAUCUUGCCGUUCUCAAACAAGAAAUUAUUGAUUUUGAUACAAGUGAAGGUGUAGCACCAGAAACAUUUACAACGUCGCCGGAAGUAUCAAAGAUAAAUGAAAACAAAAAUCAACUACACAAUUUAACGGUCUACAAUGGGGAUCAUCCUACCGAGUGCUCCACUCAAGACCUGGAUGUGAAACCUGACCACCUGUGUACUGACAUGGAUGACACAAUAACUGUCAAGGGCAACAGUUUGACAGAAUUUGAUGAAGUUGAAACUGAAAUCAAGAAGGAAUCAGAGAAUGUUGUAGCAAAUGAAUUGCUAUUUUACAGGAACAGAAUUAUACUCGGCAAGAUACAAGUAGAUGAGUCUGACGAAGAACGAGAAAUUUAUGCACCAGCUGACUGUAAUAAUGUUGUAAACAACAAAACAAACAAUGAUCAAGAUUUGGCAGUGUCAAUAUACACUGAUGAAAAUAGAAGCAUGAGGAUAACUAAACAGUAUUAUGAAAUGGAAAAAUGUAUGCAAGCGAAAAUUAUUCUAACUAACUGUUAUACAACUCUAUUGAACCAUAACUGUUACUGUGCUCAGUGUGCAGUGUUGUUCCCCACCACUGAAGCGUAUAGUGAACAUUACACGAGCACACACACCGAGACCACUAAAUCAACCAAAGCCUCGGCUUCUCUAGUAAUACGUAAAAAAAUAAUGUACCCACGUGAGCAGGCAUUUGUUUGUGACACCUGCGAGAAAACAUUCAGCAAUAGAAGUAGCUUGAUACAGCACAUGUUAAUUCACACUGGCGACAAGCCAUUCGAGUGUGACAUUUGCACGAAAUCAUUCUACCGAAGAAGUCAUUUGAAGAGCCACAAGUUAAUUCACACUGGAGAAAAACCAUUUCAGUGUGAAACUUGCAAGAAAACAUUCAGAUAUAUAUCGGCUUUACAACAACACAAAUUAAUUCACGCUGGGGAAAAGCCCUUUCAGUGUGACAUUUGCAAGAAAUCCCUCAAUCACAGAAGUGCUAUAAAAAGGCACAAGUUAAUUCACACUGGCGAAAAGCCAUUCCAGUGUGACAUUUGCACGAAAACAUUUUACCUAAGAUGUCAUUUGAAGAGCCACAAUUUAAUUCACACUAGAGAAAAACCAUUUCAGUGUGAAACUUGCAAGAAAACAUUCAUAUAUAUAUUGGCUUUAAAAAAACACAAAUUAAUUCACACUGGUCAAAAGCCAUUCCAGUGUGACAUUUGCUCGAAAACAUUUCAACAAAUAAGUCAUUUGAAGGGCCACAAGUUAAUUCACACUGGAGAAAAACCAUUUCAGUGUGAAACUUGCAAGAAAACAUUCAGAUAUAUAUCGGCUUUAAAACAACACAAAUUAAUACACACUGGUGAAAAGCCAUUCCAGUGUGACAUUUGCUCUAAAACAUUUAAACAAAUAAGUCAUUUGAAGGGCCACAAGUUAACUCACACUGGAGAAAAGCCAUACAUGUGCGGUAAUUGCAAAAAAUCGUUUAGGCACAUUAGUACUUUGAAAAGCCACGAAUUGAUCCACACGGGAGAAAAGCCGUUCCAGUGUGACAUUUGCACGAAAUCAUUUAACCAUAGAAGUAAUCAUAAGAGGCAUAUGUUAACUCACACUGAAGCAAAACCUUUCCCGUGUGAAACAUGCAAUAAAAACUUUAAACAAAUAUCGGAUUUAAAACGACACAACACACUGGCGAAACACCAUUCCAGUGUGACAUUUGCACGAAAACAUUUGUAACCGUAGAGGUAAUCUAAACAGGCACAAGUUACGUCACACUGCAGCACAGCCAUAUCAUACUGAUGAGUCGGAAUAAAUGUGAGAUCCGGGAAACAUAGUACAUGACACGGCGUGAAACAGCGGGAUGUCAGUGAGUGUCAGUGGGGCGCGCUGCGGGCGAGGGCUCGGCCUCCGCCUGUCCCCUCACUGCAGGCAGCGCCGGCGACGCACAGGCCGCGUUGUCGACACGCUCUCCUACACCCACAUACAAGCGACUCCACCUA